ACAUGUCAGAACGAGGAGAAUUGACGUCAGUGAAGGUCGCUGAUUGGCUCUCAUGCGUAUCCGGUGGGGCAGCGGUCCAGGGCUCGGGGAAAAAAAAGAUCGAAGAGAGCAGAAGCUGCUAACGGUUACUGCUUUGACAAACACCACCCGUCCCGAGUCGCUGUCGCAGGGCUCGGUAGGAUUUCACGAUAUCUUAGGUCAUCGAGCUAGCUUGCGAUUGUCGUCAUGGCUUCUGGAAGCACGAGCAGCGAAGAGGAGAGGAGCCUGAGGGAGUGCGAGCAGUACGUGCAGAAACACAACAUUCAACAGCUGCUGAAAGACUGCAUUGUCCAGCUGUGCACCUCCCGGCCCGACCGGCCUAUGGCCUUCCUCCGGGAGUACUUUGAGAGGCUUGAGAAGGAGGAGGCCAAGCAGAUCCAGAACCAGCAGAAGGCCAGCAGUUCGCGCUCCGACUCCCGCGAUGAGGAGGUCUCCCCUCCCAUGAACCCCGUGGUGAAGGGCCGCAGGCGGCGGGGCGCCUUCAGCGCCGAGGUUUACACGGAAGAGGAUGCCGCUUCCUAUGUCAGGAAGGUGAUUCCGAAGGACUACAAGACAAUGGCGGCCUUAGCCAAAGCGAUUGAAAAGAAUGUGCUCUUCUCUCACCUGGACGACAAUGAGAGGAGUGACAUAUUCGACGCCAUGUUUCCUGUCACCUACAUCGCCGGGGAGACCGUUAUUUUGCAGGGCGACGAGGGUGACAAUUUCUACGUGAUUGACCAAGGGGAGAUGGAUGUGUACGUGAACAACGAAUGGGUGACGAGCAUCGGCGAAGGCGGCAGCUUUGGAGAGCUGGCGUUGAUAUACGGCACCCCGAGGGCCGCCACCGUCAGAGCCAAGACCAACGUCAAGCUGUGGGGCAUCGACAGAGACAGCUACAGGAGAAUACUCAUGGGAAGCACUUUGAGGAAGAGGAAGAUGUACGAGGAAUUCCUCAGGAAGGUCUCGAUUUUAGAGUCCCUGGACAAGUGGGAGCGACUGACCGUCGCCGACGCCCUGGAGCCGGUCCAGUUUGAGGACGGCCAGAAGAUUGUGGUGCAGGGAGAACCCGGAGAUGAGUUCUUCAUCAUUUUGGAGGGUUCCGCCGCGGUGUUGCAGCGUCGCUCGGAGAACGAAGAGUUUGUCGAAGUGGGAAGAUUAGGACCAUCGGACUACUUCGGUGAGAUCGCCCUGCUGAUGAACCGCCCCCGCGCCGCCACCGUGGUCGCCCGCGGCCCCCUCAAGUGCGUCAAGCUGGACCGGCCUCGCUUUGAGCGCGUCCUGGGCCCGUGUUCGGACAUCCUCAAACGCAACAUCCAACAGUACAACAGCUUCGUCUCGCUGUCGGUCUGAAGGGGGGCUCGCGUUACACCCCCCACCCCCCCACUCCCCCCUCCCAUCCCCCCUCUUUUGCUCCUUUCCGACCUCGGGUCCACCAACGCAAGUUGCUUUCCGCCACUUCCUGGCCUCUCCUUUUGCUUCUCCUCUUGAGUUCCCCCCCCCCUUUUCUUUUCCACCCCCGGGGGUGACUUUUAGCCGUUCACCAGCGCUUGUACCAGCUGCUGUAACGUUACCGUGUAGGCACAGUUGCAUCACGCUACCUACGUCAUCGAUCAGCCGGUUCCGCUUUGUUUUUUCCAAGAACGCAAAGCAACGUUUGUUUGGAGAUCUGGGCUCUGAAGGACAGGACAAUCAAAAAACCUCACAUUAGGAAUUAGUUACAGACGGAUGUCGCCCCCCCCACCCCCAACCCCCUCGAGUCCCGUUAGAGACACGCAACAGGAGCUCACGAGCAUAAGAGACGACGAAUGCACCAAAUGUCAGUCAGGCGUGACGGCUCGUUUUUGAAUCCUUUUUGGGUUUUUUUUGCUUUCCGAGCGGUAGGACGAGACAAUGUCAAGACGUUGAAAAAGUUUUGAGUUUUAGUGUGCAGCUUUGAGGCUGGUGCCAAAUGUUUAUUACACGGUGAGAUUAAAUGUUUGGAGCGUUAAAUAGGAUUUUUUUUUUCUCUCCCUCAAAACCUUUUUUGUCCUAAUCAGUAGAACACCUUGACUUGAAGAGAAAAAAUAUAUAUAAAGGGGAACCCCCACCCCCCACCCCCCAACAAAAGUAUUGUGUAUUUCAGUAUUCUGUUUUUUUAGUAUAAGCCAAAUAAAUUGGUCAUUUAUGCGCUAUGUUCUAGUUAAACGAUCCAUGACUCAAUGACUAUUAUUCUUCUUAAAUUUAUGGUUCGGAGUGAUGAUAAUCUUUAAAAAAGAAAAAAAAAGGUUUUCUCUGUCUUUUGUAAACACUUAUUUUUCCAUAAAUUCUAUUUUAGCUUUCCAGUGCCACAAAGUAAAUAAAUGCUUCUUGUCAAUCGACAA